AUGCUCCUCGCCAGCAGCAGCCCAAAUCCACGUGGCGCCAUGAAGCUGCUCCUCGAGCCAGUGUGCUCCAAUGACAACAAUAACAAAUCCACAUAUUUCGACGAUUCGUGCUGCUCCGAACCCAACUCACCGGAUUCCGGAUUCUCAUCAGAUGAUAGUAUUGCAUCCGACGUCUCGUUCUGUGAAAGACUUACUCGCUCGAAAACCCUUCCAUCCGCUCUCCGACGCAGCCGAUCCAAGCAAUGUGUGAAACGUGUUCGAUUUGCCGACUCGCUGGGAUUGGACCUCGAGAAUCUACAGUACUUUGUGAAGGAAGCCGCCGAGCAACAAUUCUCGAUUCACUUCUCAUCAGUACCAUCUUCCUCUUCUCCAAUCCCUCAAUUCCCGAAUAAUUUCAUUCCAAAGACAUUGAUCAAUCAACCGGCACCUCGUCUUGUUCUCCACAAUUUCCCAUACCGAUCCGAACAUGAAUACCAAUCGAAAACCCGCGAAUCGAGAGUCUGCGUCUCGGCUCUUCGCGCAUCUGGAAGCAGUAUUGUUGGACAGGUCAAUCUGCUGAAUGUGGCAUUUGAUAAGGUUGUAGUGGUACGGUACACGACGAAUGGAUGGGAGACACAGGAUCAGAUUGUGGCCAAUUAUAGCCAUCGCUUGUUUGCCACCGAAGACAUUGACGCCUUCAAUUUCACUAUUGUCAUUCCGGUCAAACUUACGGAAGGAAAAUGCGAAUUCUGUGUGCAAUACCAAGUGGCUGGAGAAGAAUUCUGGGAUAACAACGAUGGCCAAAACUACAUUGUCAACGUCUCCCUGAAAUCCCCCUCCAAUUCUCCAUUCUUCUCUCAACGCUACGGUACAGUACCCCUGGAUCGUGCGCCACGUGGCAACAGCACUCGCCGUCAGCAACAACGUCGUUGGGGACGUGGAGCCGUCGAUGAGUCGGACGAGGAAAAGGAGACGGCGUAUGUGCCAUCGUCACGUCGCCUGAAUUUUCAUUGA